CCUUUUCUUCUCCAUCAUUUCUUUCCCAUUUCAAUCAAAACAAAAAUUAUUCGUUUUCAGUAAAGCGAAGGUAAGAUCUGUUAAGUGAAGAAGAUGUUGGCCAUUUUCGACAGCCAAUCGGUUCCCUCACCGCCGGAGCUUCAGAGUCCGGCGUCAUUUCGCCUCCCGACGGUGAAGCCCAAGCUUCCUCGAGAAAUUAUCAACCAUUUCGUCACUUCUGGUGCUUGUGGAGCUCUGUCAAUGUCUUUUGGGAAUGCGGCGUCCAUAGCGUUCGAUCCAUCUCGAUCUCACUCUGCUCACCAUCAAAUGUUAUUUUGUGGAUUAGAUGAAAUGUACUGUAUGUUCAAGGGGAGCUUGAACAACUUGAGCCGGUUAAACAAGCAGUACGGGCUUUCAAAAGCUACGAACGAAGCCAUGUUUGUGAUUGAAGCUUAUCGAACCCUAAGAGACCGUGGGCCGUACCCGGCCGAUCAGGUUCUUAAAGAACUUGAAGGCAACUUCGCCUUUGUGGUUUUUGACCGGAAGGCCGGCACUGUAUUUGCAGCUCUGGAUGCGCGUGAGGGGAUGAAUCUGUACUGGGGCACUGCCGGUGAUGGCUCUCUUGUAAUUUCGGACAACUUGGAGGUCAUUAAAGUUGGAUGUGCCAAGUCAUUUGCUCCAUUUCCACCCGGUUGUAUGUUCCACAGUGAGAGAGGGCUAAUGAGUUUUGAGCAUCCGACAAAGAAGAUGAAGGCAAUGCCUAGAAUUGAUAGUGAAGGAGUUAUGUGUGGGGCCAACUUUAAGGUUGAUGUCCAAUCAAGGGUUCACACCAUGCCACGUGUUGGAAGUGAAGCCAACUGGGCAACCUGGGGAUCACAUCCUUGAUUCAAAUUAUUUCCUAUUUUACUAUAUAUAUUAUUAAUUUCUGGUGACUUGAAAUUGGGAGAUCCUUUGAUUUUUCUUUUUGAAGUUUUUAUGUUGGGGUUUUUGUACAUAUUUUUAUAGUUCCGGAAGCUUUAUUUGGACUUCAGAGUUUUCUGUAAGUUUCGAUUAAUGAAAAAGCAAAUGUUUAUCAUUUUA